AUGGCGGCAAUAUUGCUUCAGUUGUGUAUGUUUGCCUUGGUGAUGAGGAAUGGCGCUUUUGCCAGUAACAACUUUGCCAAUUUGUGUAAGUUCAGAUCAUUUGGUUAGUUAAAAGUAUAUGGCAAACAAGGGAGCCAUCUUUGUUGGGUAUGUCCUUUUGUAACUGGUCGUAAUUUUGCUCUUAUUGCAACUUGACAGCUUCUUCUGCAGGGAAAUGGAAUGUUAGUGCAAUUGACGAGUUAAUGGUUUCUAAAGAGGAUCUUGAAAAGCAAGUGAAAAAUUACACAGCAAAGUGGCCUUUUUGCGUGUUUUACAGAGAUACACGUAAGUUAAUUUCUGUCCACCGAUUACAUUAAAUCGUAGGCUAAGUUAACAAUGUUUUGGUGCUAGGGGGUGUAGGGGUGGGGGCGUGGGGAGCUGGACAUUGGAGUUGGAGUUGGGUACGGGAGAAGUGCUUCUCAGGGUUUUAGGAGUAGCUUCGAAUGGGGUGAUAAAUUAAAAUCCGGGAAAAUUCUCAGGCAGGGAUUGACUGAGGCAUAAGAAAACACCUCAUACCCAAGCAAUCUACUAAAAUCUGUUUUGGAAAAAUAAGCUUCCCUUCGUGCUUGAGCUUUUCCCAUUCUUAAUCUGAAAAAAAUGUUUUCCCAUUAUGUUUGGUCACAAGAAUAAUAAUAGCCCCCCUCUGAUGGAAACAUUUAAAAUAAUCGUCUCCCUCGAAUAAUCGGCCCCCACUCUACACACCACUAUGGGCGCGAUCCAUUCAACCAAACUUUCCGGAAAUUUCGGUCCAAAACCCAAUGGAUCGGUUCGGUCCAACCGGAAAAGUUUCGAAAAAACGGGUCCACCUUUUGAGGUGGUCCUCUUUUCCCGGUCGGACCGGUUGGAAUUUUGGUUGAAUGGAUCGCGCCCUAUAUGUCCCCCGCUAUCGAUACCCAUAGUGCUAAAUCUGAAGGAUGAUCCACAUGGUCUUGCAAAACUGAUCAGUGAUGUAGCCGAGGAUAUUGAUUAUGAAAAUAAAUCAAGGAACCAAAUUUGGAACACUUAAAAAGCCCAUGUUCAGUUUCUUUGAAGAGAUUAUUUUUUGAUUUAAUGGGAAAAUAGAACAAAACAUUUAGGGCACGACUUCCACAACUUAUAAUUAUAUGAAAUAAUCGCCUCCCUCAAAUAAUUGCCUUCCCUCAAAUAUUCGCCCCCUUUUGGUGCAAAAAUAAUAAAUAAUCGUUCCCGGCCAUUAUUUGAGGAAAUAUGGUAAUUUUAAUAUUUCUUUUUUUCAGAAACUCGUUCUUCCAAGCUGGAGGAGUGUCUUAUUAAGUUCCUUAAUAGUUUGCCUGCCAACAACUUUUUACAGAACUGGACAAUUGUGACAUUCAACCUUAAUAAGGUAUGUUGUGUGAUAUCGAAGAUGAUAGUUAGAGUGAUUUUACUUGAAACUGUGAAACAAAUACUAACAAAUACUGAAAAAUAGCAAGAAGUAAACAAAAGAAGACAAUGGAAUUAGUGCAUAAUAGUCUGAAGUACUUAUUCUAUUACAUGUACCUAUUUCAUGGGUCAAGUAAAAUCACUCUGUGAUGGUCAUGGUAAAAUUUAAGUCACCAAAAUAAGUAGUAACAUUUNAAUAACCCCCCCCCCCCCUCACACCACUAUAUGUCGCCCGCUAUCGAUACCCAUAGUGGUAAAUCUGGAGGAUGAUCCACAUGAUCUUGUAAAACUGAUCAGUGAUGUUGCCGAGGAUAUUGACAAUGAUAAUUAAUCAAGGGACCAAAUUUGGGACACUGAAAAAGCCCAUGUUCAGUUUCUUUGAUGAGAUUAUUUGUUUAUUUAAUGGGAAAAUAGAACAAAACAUUUAGGGCACGACUUCCACAACUUAUAUAUGAAAUAAUCGCCUCCCUCAAAUAAUUGCCUUCCCUCGAAUAUUCGCCCCCUUUUGGUGCAAAAAAAGAAAUAAUCACCCCCGGCUAUUAUUUGAGGAAAUAUGGUAAUUUUAAUUUCUUUUUUUAGAAACUCGUUCUUCCCAGCUGGAGGAGUGUCUUAUUAAGUUCCUUAAUACUUUGCCUGCCAACAACUUUUUACAAAACUGGACAAUUGUGACAUUCAACCUUAAUAAGGUAAGUUGUGUGAUAUCGAAGAUGAUAGUUAGAGUGAUUUUACUUGAAACUGUGAAACAAAUACUAACAAAUACUGAAAAAUAGCAAGAAGAAAACAAAAGAUGACAAUGGAAUUCUUGCAUAAUAGUGUGUAGUAUUCUAUUUCAUGUACCUAUUUCAUGGGUCAAGUAAAAUCACUCUAUGAUGGUCAUGGUAAAAUUAGUCACCAAAAUAUGUAGUAACAUUUGGAUGUAAAGGGAAGUUCUUCAAAGGAACUCGUGAUUUUAUACAUUAGUAGAGCAGAAACUUUAAAGUGUAAAUAUUAGAAAAUAAAUUAGAAAAUAUCUGUCUCUUCGAAAUAAUAAAAAAAACAUGGAAACUUCUUUAAAAAAUGGCUUUGCCCCAAUUUCUCUUGCUGCCCAAAAAAUCUGAGUUUCCCAAAAUUUUUGUGGGGAGAGGGCUGUGCCUCCCACCCCCCCUCCCCCAAAGCCAGUACACCUAUGGGAAUCAUGCAUCGGAGCACAAUGAUGCUGAUACGUCCAUCCCAGUUUGUACAUCUACUAUAAUGACCUGAUUCUUGCUAACCUGCGAUCAGGCUUUCCUUCUUUCCUUUUUGUUUAGAAGGCCAGAGGGGAAAAGGAUUCCUGAUACAUUUACUUUGCACGUCAUCUGCCUGUAGCCCUAAAUCUAUCCUUUUGUCUGAUUUGUGGAAACACAAAAGACCCUUCGAAGCCCUGCACCGAUUGGCUGUUACAUGUCCCCAUAUUUUGCAAUUUUAGUCUAGAUGUAUUGAGCUCAUUGAUCAGCCUUUGCUUCAUUUUAUUGAAAUCUAUUAUAAUAAUUAUAAUCAGCCUAAAGUACCGCUAUGAGUACAAUGAAUUUAUGAAGUCAAUUAUUCCUUUCUUUUUGUAGGGAAUGUUAGUAUGGGAAGGUCACCCUGGAAAAGUUCCUAUUCUACACUGUCACAUAUGGACAGCUGAAUCACCUUUGAUUUAUCCAUCACCUAACCACCCUCACAUUAAAAUCAGUUCACUGCAUUCUUGGUUUAAAUAUGUGGUAUGUUAUAAUAACGCAAAAGAGACUGGUGGACAGAAGAAGGGGGUGGGUGUAUUUAGAAUCAGAGAGAGAUUGGUGUGCAUAUGUGUUCUGUUUAUUCUGCUACAACAAUUGUGAAUUCUUUCUGCUUGUUGCGUGGCUGGCUUCUGAUUUUAUUUUAUAGGCUUAGUCUAAAAUACAUGUAAGGAAUGAGUAAUGGCACAAUUAAUAAAAUAAUGUAGUGUACUAUAAAUCAAAACGCGCCAGGACUUCAGAGAACAGAAAAGGUCCUAGAUGCGAACAAGAUAUCCCAGGUGCCUUACCUUUCUAAUAUGGAUUGUGGUUAAAGCUGAGAUCUGCAUUGUCAUUGUUUGAAAAACUUUGUUUUUCAAGUAAAAUUUCCCCAUUUCAUUUUUAACUUCAUUACCACACCUGUAGCAGGUUUACAUGCAUCUAGUUUAUGACUUAUGGCCUACUGUAUAAUUUUUUUAUGCACCAGUGUCAGGGACUGUUGAAUAUCCAACUGAAGAGAGUUGUUUAGAUCUCUUUAAACAUGCUGUUGAUAGCAGAAGGAGGUGCACGGAUCAAAAUCUUCUUUGUCCCCCCUUGCACUUUAGUGAAAGUGGUAUACCACCUGACUAGGAUACACGUGUGAGAAGUCUCACAUGACUAUAAGCACCUCUCUGGUCCUCAAACAUCAUGCUUGUGCUGCCUUUCUUUUGCUUUUCUCUUUGUUCACUUUCUAUUCUUUUCCAUAGUUUGAAUUAGGAUAAUUUAAUUUACUGACUAUUAUUGUAUUGUUACCCACUGAUAAUAGCCUUGCUAAUUGUGGGUAACUUACAUAAUUUGUUAACUAUUUUUAAUUGAAAAAUUGUUGUUGAUCGUUGUUGUUGUGAAGAUUCCCGUAGAGCUCACCACAGAAGCAUAGUGGAGUCUGACAUUUUCCUCAGUUGCUAGAUUCUGAUCAUGACCUGCUGGCUCCAGCACAGACUGUAAUCACUGCUAUUAAACUGCUAGAUUCAAAGUCAUUGAGGCUAAAGCCUCAAGGAAGCUCUUUCUUUCUUUAAACAUAUGGUACAUAUUACUAUAAUAAAGGUCAGCAGCGUCUGGUGGAAGUUGGUGAGUAUAAUCAGGAGACCCAGUUACCAUGUUCCUUGAUGCUACUCAAAGCAUAAGCUGCAUGCACAUGCAUGACACACCCAUCCAGCUUAGACCAUGUCAGCCAAGCUCUUGGGACCUAAGGAUAGACAGACUCCUUUUUUGCUCAAUAUGAAAGUAGUUGGUUGGAGACCAGCAGGUCUGGGAUUUCAGCCUGCAGGCUGCUAUACUACAACUCAUUCUUGAACGGAUGAAAGAUGCUAAAUUUUAAGCUCGGUGAAACAAAUGUGAAAGUGAAAUGAUCAGCAUGUCAUGACCGUGGGACAGAGAAAAUAUUUAAGUCCCCUUCCUUGUUUGCGGCCAUAAUUACAUCAAUCUGUGGCAAAAAAGUUGUCACAAGUAAUGUAAAAUUUGACAACCAGUCACUCCAAACAGGUGAUCCUUGGCCUCUUCCAAUAAUUUUCAUCAGGACAGUAGGAACACUCUCAUGUCAUGUCAGCCCUCCUGUGUUCUGCUCCUGACAUACCUGAAUCCUCAUUUGUCCCCACUGGCUGACAUUGGCACUCAAGUCAGGGUCUGUUAGCAAGUAGGGUUCUCCUGGAACAUCUGUUCUCAGGUCCAGCCGGACAUUGUACUACAAGGAAGCCCUUUCCAGCCAAGCAAAAGUGUCCCCCAACUGGCUGUGUUCAUGACGAGAUACUUCCAUCAGCAAUAAUUGAGGAAACACAUGUAUAUGCCAUGUCAAGGGUGAACAGUCAAGGCAACCUAGCUCAUUAAUGAACUGGAGCUGCUGACUGUUCAGAGGGCCACCCACCACUUCUUCCAUCUUGUCAGAGGGGACGUGGUUUGUGGUUUGCUUGGCUUUUUGUUGAUUAUGGGUUAGUCAUCAGGACUUGAUGUCUGACAUUCUGAAGAACCCCUUGUAAUACCCUGUGAUCAGCCAUGACACUGGUGCCCCUCUAAAAACCCUCCUGCAGCCAUGAUGGAUCAUGAGUUUUCAAAUGAUGUACAGUGUAUUAUUCAAAAGUCAUCUUUGCUGUAGUGGAAGGAAGUAAUAAGAGUAGAAAUAGCAGUAAUAGCCUGCGUGGCAGGCGAAAAAGGGGAGGGGAGGGGGAGAAAAGCAUGAAAGAGGGGAAAGGAAAGGGAAGGGAGCGGCUGCCAUAAGAGCCGGUGUUUUUGUAAUCAGCCUGGCACCAUUUUCUGAACUAAUCCAAUAAUGUCACUGUCAAUACGUGACCAAUCACAAGUACGGGACUUCUCAGCAUGGUCCGAACUUAAUUACUUUGUUAACCGGAAAUUGUCUAGUUGAGACGCUUUUUUCAAGUGAUAUCAUAAUCGAGCGAAAUGAAACAUUUUUACUGUUCUUGCUCCCGCAGCAAACACGACAAACAGACUACGACCAGUCUCUCAUUUUUUUACUGCUCACAGUCUUCGACAAACAAUGAUCAGUCUCGUGUGAAUACACAACACCUUUUAUCUUACAACCUCAUCAAGCACCGUGAUGGUCACAAAGAACAGAACAUUGGCCAGCCUGAGACGUGAAUAAUGAAAGCAAUGGAGAAUUAUAAACAAUUGUCAAGAUGUUUAAUGGAUAGUUUUUACCAAAGCUUCAGCACUCUCUUUGCAAACCAUCUAAAACUCCAUUCAAGACGGUAUAUGUUUUUGCAGAAAAGGAGGUCUUUUGAAUAUCGGCAUUGCAGAUGUCUGGCAAGAAUCGCAAUUGCUUUGAAUCGCUGCUCAGUGUAUGGACAAAUCCAGUAUACAAAACCUCCUGAGCAUCUCUUCCUGCUAAACAAGUUGUUACAGUUGGUUUUAGUUCAGGUUUUAACGUGAAGUUGCUACAUGAUUGGAGUAAUUUUGAUCUUCCAAGGCUUAUGCCAGUAGAACCCAUUUUCUUGAUGCCUUCGUCAUGUCUGUUGCUCACACUAAUACAUGCCAGGAUACACGCCAAUAAGUUACUCAUUCUGGCUCAGCCAAUCAGGAAUUUGCGGACGCCAGUGUCCGCAGCAAUGGAAAAAAGGGGGUUCUUAUAGCAGGCGUCCCUUCCCCUCUCUCCCCAAUCCCCCUCCCUUUUUCCUUUUCUCCCUAUCCCCUACCCCUUUUGACGCUGGCUACGCAGGCUAUAGCGGUAACAGCAGCUGCUCUACACCCUGUAGCAAUAGUAGUGAUAGCGAUAGUUGCUGUGGUAGUGAUAUAGUGCACAAGAAUGUGGUGCUAUAGAAUUUACUAAAAGAUGUCAAUAGUGAACAUUUAUUUUGCUUUUCUUUUGACAGGGAAAGUUGUUUGCCAAGAGAGUGCCCGUGCUUGUUUAUGGUCAACUAUCUAAGGAAAUUAACAGCCAUGAGGGGUAUACUCUGGUUGGAAUUCCUGGUCAUUUGCAUCACAGAACAUUAGAAGAUACUCUCAUCAAGGUUAUAAUAAAAGAAAAUUCUGCAAUCUGA